AUAAUGAGUAAUACCGUGGAACCCUGACAGCUACGCGGGGGUCGCUAGUGGGCCGUGCGGGAGUAGAUUGCUCGCCGGAGCCCAGUGAUGUGCUUUGGUGUGGGGGAGGAAGGGAAAAAAAAGCAGCUACCAGCCAGAUAAACACUCACAGCGGUGGCUUGCGGACUAGCAAGGAGUAACAUGGCGGCGGCACUGUUAGCCAGCACAAAUGUUGUUUCACUGCCGCGAAGGUCAGCCUUGUCUGUGACACACGGAAACUAACAGCGAGGAGUCAAGUGUUAAAUCCAUGGGACUUGUGCAAAUGGAGAGAGAGCUGCUUCGCUUUGCUUUCCUUCCCCCGCUCUCCUGCCUGUCUGGUCCAAUUACAUGUUCCUCUGUCAGAGCAGCAGCACUCCUAAUCAGGAGAGAGAAGUGGAUGAUGCUUAGAGCUUUCCUGAUGUUAUCGUCUUGCAGCGAUGGCCUGAGGGACUCUGCGCACUGAAACCAAGAGGCUGAUAUGCAUUGAGGAUGAGUGGCGUCGGGGAAAGCUCAUCUGACCCUGCAAGGGCAGAGUUACGGAAACGUAAAGAAUGUUCGGCUGAACUUCUUGGACCCAGUCCCAAGCGGAGCAACGAGAAGCGCAACCGUGAGCAUGAGAACAAAUACAUCGAAGAACUCGCUGAGCUGAUCUUCGCCAACUUCAAUGACAUUGACAACUUCAACGUGAAGCCCGACAAAUGUGCAAUCCUAAAGGAAACUGUGAAGCAGAUCAGACAGAUAAAGGAGCAAGAGAAAGCGGCCGCAGCCAAUGAGGAGGAGGUGCAGAAGUCCGAUGUGUCAUCGACGGGCCAGAGUGUGAUUGACAAAGAUGCCUUGGGACCAAUGAUGCUGGAGGCCCUGGACGGCUUCUUCUUCGUAGUGAACAUGGAGGGCAACAUCGUAUUUGUGUCUGAGAACGUGACCCAGUACCUGCACUACAACCAGGAGGAGCUGAUGAACACCAGCGUCUACAGCGUGCUGCACGUCGGGGAUCAUGCCGAGUUCAUUAAGAACCUGCUGCCCAAAUCCCUCGUGAACGGCGUCCCGUGGUCCAGCGAGGGUCCGAGGCGGAACAGUCACACCUUCAACUGCCGCAUGCUGGUGAACCCCCACAGCGACAGCCAGGACGAGCAGCACGAGCACGAGCAGCAGCAGCAGAAAUACGAGACCAUGCAGUGCUUCGCCGUUUCGGAGCCCAAGUCCAUCAAGGAGGAAGGAGAUGAUUUCCAGUCGUGCCUGAUCUGCGUGGCUCGCAGGGUCCCCAUGAAGGAGAGGCCCAUGCUUUCUACACAUGAGAGCUUCACCACACGCCAAGACCUGCAAGGUAAGAUCACGUCCCUGGACACCAGUCUGCUGCGGGCCUCCAUGAAGCCAGGCUGGGAGGACCUGGUGCGGCGCUGCAUCCAGCGUUUCCACCUGCAGAACGACGGGGAAAUGUCCUUUGCCAAACGCCAUCAGCAGGAAGUGCUGCGCCACGGCCAGGCAUUCAGCCCCAUCUACCGCUUUUCCCUCUCGGACGGAACCAUUGUGUCAGCCCACACGAAAAGCAAAUUGGUGCGCUCGCAUGCCACCAACGAACCUCAGCUCUACAUGUCUCUGCACAUUCUGCAGCGAGAGCAGACAGUAUGCGGAAUGGGCCAGGACAUGGGUCCUGGCACUCAGGCCACAGGGAUGGCCCCCAAGCCAAUGAACUCCUCCACUCCCUCCAUGACCCCCCCAACACCGGGCAGUUUGCCAGGCUCAGGACCUCAGGGCCAGGACACGACCAUCAGCAGCAACAGCACGCCUUUCUCCCCUCCAGGCCCUGCUGGCCCCAGAGAACCUGCAGCCUUAGGUGGGGGACACAUGCAGGCCUACCGUCAAGGCUGCCCCCAACCACACAGCCACCCUGGAGGAAUGCAACCUCCUCAGCAGGGCCAGAAUUGGAGAAUGAACAGUCCCUCUCGUGCCAGCCCGAGCCCAGCCGGUGGACCUCAUGCCCCGCAGCAGAACUCGAUGCUCUCCCCCAGGCAUCGUGGGAGUCCUGGCGGGGCAGGCAGCCCACGUGUAGCAGGAGGCCUUCACUCCCCCUCCCCAGUGGGGAUGUGUGGGGGAGGGCCUGGUGGUGCAGGUGGUAGCGCAAUAAGCACUCAUGCCAACAGCUACACGAGCAGUUCCCUGUCAGCUUUGCAGGUCCUAAGCGAGUGCCACGGUGUAGGACACGGGCACGGGCCCCCUCAUGCACACACACUGGGGUCGCCAGAUCGGAGGAUAGGCUCUCCAGCAAGCGUCACACCAGGAUCAGGCGUAAACACUCAUCUCAUGUCAAAACUCAGUGCAGGGGCAACUGGCGGUACAGCGGACGCGUUUGGCCCUCACACAGAAGUGGGUCAGGGGGGGCACACCCCAGGUCAGACAGAAAGCAACAUUGCUGAACCUAAAGACGAGAGGGAGGGGCCGCUUGAGGGCCAUGACGCUCACAGUCGUCUUCAUGACAACAAGGGACACACUAAGUUACUCCAACUGCUCACUACAAAACCAGAGCCUCUGGAGACCCCCCUGUCUCCUACUGCAGGAGGUGACGGGAAGGACCAGGCUGGGACGGGGGCCCGAGGUGGUCAUUCUGGAGGAAGUACUCACACCACCUCCCUUAAAGAAAAACACAAGAUCCUCCACCAACUCCUUCAGAACAGCACGUCUCCCGUGGACCUGGCCAAGCUCACCGCAGAGGCCACCGGUAAGGAGCUAGGCCAGGAGCAAGGCCAAGGUGCUUCUGGGGGCGAAAUCACCCCAAAGCAGGAGCCCUUGAGCCCCAAGAAGAAGGACAAUGCUCUACUUCGCUACCUGCUGGAUAAGGAUGAUACGGCCCUGAAGGACAAGGUUCCUAAGCUUGAGCCGGGCGAGGUGAAGGUGGAAGUCGGCAAACACCCACUUGUUAAAACGGAGAAACAAGAUGUUGGAUACGACCAAGCUGAACAGUCGUCGGAGCUGGAUGACAUCUUGAAUGACCUGCAGAAUGCUCAGCCGCAGCUCUUCUGUGAGCCGCGGCCCGUGUCGCUGCCCAGCCCCAUGGACAAACAGAACAUCAUCAAUGACUUCCUGCAGAUGUCUGAGAGCAACCCCACUGUGGCAGCACAACAGCAGCACAGGAGCGUUGGCGGUGGCAGCAUGGGUCCAACUAAUUUUGGGGGUGUCCGACCGGGGCAACCAGGCAGAGGUGUGCCUGUACGGAGCGUCUCCCUGGACAUGAACACGUCACCACAGUACCCCAUCAGGACCACAAGCCCAUACACCCUCAUGCAGCAGCAGCAGCCGCAGCAAGGCAUGGUGGGAGGCCACGGCAUCAUGGCUAAUCAGGCCAACAUUGUUGGCACAGGGCUCAUGGGUCCAGGCGGGCCUCGGCCGGGCAUGCAGCAGCAGGAAGGCUGGGCAGGCUCGGGCUCGGCUCCUCCCCUCGGGACCCCUGGCCCCGGACCGCCAGGGUCCAUGCAGGGCAGGAUGGGCCCCAACGGUGCGCCCAUGAGGCCCGGCACCCAGCCAGGGCCCCGGCAAAUGCUCCAGUCAUCAAUGAUGCCCACCGCCACACCUGACAUGGAUAUCAGUAUGGUGGGCCAUUUCUCGCAGCAGCAGGCUCCUCCCAACCAGACGGCGCCCUGGCCAGACAGCAUGAUGCCCAUUGACCAGACAGCUUUUGUGAGCCAGAACAGGCCGCUGCACUCAACACCUCAAGAUGAGCUGCUGUGUAACAUAGGCCUCAGCAGCGGUGACGGCAGUGCAGUGGAUGAGGGUGCCCUCAUGUCCCAACUGUACACUGCGCUAAAGGAUUUUGAUGGCCUUGAAGAGCUUGACCGCGCCCUCGGCAUCCCCGCUCUGAUAGAACAGAACCAGACACUAGACCAGGACCAGUUCCCGCAGGACUCGUCCAUGAUGUUAGAACAGAAGCCCCCCAUGUACGCCCAGCAGUUCAGGCCCCCUCAGUCACACAUGGCCCAGAGGGGCUACCCCGGGGGACCCAUGCAAGAGACGGGCUUCCAUCCCAUGUCUGGCCAGAUGGGUCCUCGGCCAGGUUACCCCAUGAUGAGGAUGCAGGCCCGUCCCGGACUCAGGCCUGGUGGUGUCGGCCCCAACCAGCCCAACACACUGCGCCUACAGCUUCAGCACCGGCUACAGUCACAGCAGAACCGACAGCCAAUGAUGACUCAGAUGAGUAGCGUUUCCAAUGUGAACCUGCCGCUCAGAUCCAACGCUCCAAACCAGGGGACCAUCAACGCUCAGAUGUUGGCGCAGCGUCAGCGGGAACUCCUGAGCAACCACCUGAGACAGCGGCAGCAGCAGCAGCAGCAGGUCCAGCAAGCUCAGCAGGUCCAGCAGCAGCAGAGGAGCAUGGCCAUGCGGGCCCAGGGCCUCAACUUGCCGCCCAACAUGAGUAACCCGCGGAUCCCCCAGGCCAACCCCCAGCAGUUCCCCUACCCGCCCAGCUACGGUACCGGUACAGGCCUGGCCUCGCCACCUCCCCCUACCAGCCCCUUCUCCUCUCCUCUCUCCCCCAGCCUGUCGUCUCUCCCCUCCAACCCCCAGCUCCACUUGCAUGGCACCUCCUCCUCUUCCUCCACCUCCUCCUCCUCCCAGAUGAUGAUGGGAAACACAAAUAUGAUGGGCGGACAGUACGGGGCCGUACUCAGCCCCCAAAUGCAGCACAGUGCCUUUCAGUUUCCCAACUCAGGUAUGAACCAACAGGCAGAUGGAGGCUUUGGGGGUCCCGGUGCACCGCAGAGCCCCCUGCUUUCUCCCCGCAUGGCCCACACACAGUCCCCGAUGAUGCAGCAGGGCCAGGGGAACGCCUCUUUCCAAGGCUCGCCUGACAUUAAUGGCUGGCCACAGGGCACCAUGGGAGGGAACAGUAUGUUCUCCCAGCAGCAGACGUCCCCUCAGUUCACCCAGCAGCAGAAUAACGGCAGCAUGUACAACGGCAGCGGCAUGAACCUGAACAACGUCCCCAUGGUCACCAGCAGCAUGGGCCAGAUGGCUGGACAGAUGAGCGUCACAUCCAUGGCCUCGCCCGGCUUGCCCUCCAUGGGACAAGAACAGAAAUACUGUUGACCCCAAUUGAGUUUCUGACCUGGGCCUCAGUGAUCAGCUGGAGCAAAAAUUGUAUCCAAACACGUAAGCCACCAAGCCCCGUCCAUGUUCAAGGUUGACCGGGGGGGUGGCCCAGAGAGGCGCUGCCCAGCCCCUCCCUCUGCCUGUCCGGCUGCAUUCACCGUAGUGUGACUUACUGUAGGCCCGGGUUCUUGAUGAAUGUAUCCUCUCAGCGGACUGCGGCCAUUUACAAUCUCAUCUCAAAAAACACAACAUUGGCGUUUUCUCCCACUCGUUCAGUUCCAAGUUAGGAAAAACUUUUAGCCGGUUUUGCCUUUUUUUUUCUUUUUUGGCUUGUUUUUUUUUUUAGCUCUUCUUUCUUUUCUGUAUUAUUAUUGUUACUGGCGGGUGUCGGGAGAGGAAGUGAAGAGGAUCUUGAAAAAACACUGCGGAGGAAGAGUGACGUGAGGUUUAUAUAGUGUAUUAAAUUAAGUUUUAUUUUUCUGUAUAGAGUUAAUGAAUAAUUCCUGUAGAUGGCUUUAUUAUCCUCGUAGCAUCCGAGAAGAGAAUAUUCUUUAAAAAGAAAAAAAGAAAAAAGUGUUGCGAAAAGGCACUUUUUACAUGAAUUUUAAUAUUCUUUCUGAGAAGUAUCGCCUGUGAACCUGAAUACUUGGGUCCGAUCGUUUCAGAAAAAAUUUAAUAGAAAAAUGAAUUGUACAUACCGAGAAGUAAAAGGGUUUUUUUCUCUAUUUAUUUGAUUUUUUUUUUCUUCUUUUUUUGGUCUGCUUUUUUUGUUUGUUUCCCUUCCCGGUACGAAGCAGACUGGGGGUUGUGUGACGUUGGGAAGUGUUGCUGUGUAUACGGUGUACAGAUAUCGCUUUGCUUCUCUGCCUUUAGCAUAGAACAACACCAAACAGGUAAAAAAAAAAGGAAAAAAAAACAAAAACAAGAUAACACAGCCAUAAAUAACUUUGAAAAAGUGUGCUUUCUAUGUUGUCUGGAGUGAAAACGCUUUCUACAAGCUGCUAGGUGCAAACUGUUUCCGGUGUGAUGUAAACAAGCAAUAACUUGAGAAUCUUGGGGUUAUUAUUUUUUGUAAUUUUUCUGUAUAUAAUAAUGAUAAGGACACCUUUUUGCGCCACGUUUUGGAUGCAGUAUUAAAAACCGUUGUUUUUUUUUUUUCUUCUUUGUUUUUUAAUUGCAGUUUGUACCAAGAACUACACACACACACACACACACACACACACACACACACACACACAGAAUUUUAGAUUAUGCAGCAAGGUGGCCCCCCUCCCCCUGCACUCUUGACAGCCAUAUUGAAAUGACCUCAGGCAGUUAGUUCACCUGUGAAGUGUUGGCUAAUGGCGUGUGCUACUCUGGGUUCAUCUUAUACAACCUCAAAAAAACAAAAAAAAAAGACCCAUUUUUCUAUCGUCUAGUUCAGGGUUUCCCAAACUUCGGGUGUAUUAUUAUUUACCAGUGGAUGAAACGCUGUAUGUGCUGAAAAACACAACUUCUCAACUUUAUUUUGUGGACUUU